GUGGCUGCUAGCUUUCUCUCUUUCCUCUGUGUCUCCUCCAAACUCUGCACAGCUAAUUCGCAUACCCUCCUUGGUGUUAACUUAAAAGCUUGUAAUAAUGCUUCUUCUGUUUGAGACUCCCGGAGGUUUCGCUAUUUUUAAAGUAUUAAAUGAAGGGAAGCUCUCUAAUGUUGAGGAUUUGGGCAAUGUGUUUUCCUCUGCAGAGUCAGCUCGAAAGAUGGUGAAGCUAAAAGCUUUUGACAAGUUUGACAACACUUCCGAAGCUCUUGAAGCAGUAGCUAAACUAGUUGAAGGAACACCCAGCAAGGGUCUCCGUAAGUUUCUGAAAGCUAACUGCAAAGGUGAAACCUUAGCCGUUGCUGAUUCGAAGCUUGGAAACAUUAUCAAGGAGAAACUGAGUAUAGACUGUGUUCACAACAAUGCUGUUAUGGAGCUUUUGCGUGGUGUGAGAAGUCAGCUUUCCGAACUUAUAUCUGGAUUGGGGGAACAAGAUUUGGCUCCAAUGAGCUUGGGGUUGUCUCAUAGUCUUGCUAGAUAUAAACUAAAGUUCAGUUCUGACAAGGUUGAUACUAUGAUAAUCCAAGCUAUUGGUUUACUUGAUGAUCUUGACAAAGAGCUAAACACUUACGCUAUGAGGGUUCGUGAAUGGUACGGUUGGCAUUUUCCUGAGCUUGCUAAGAUCAUAAGUGACAACAUCUUGUAUGCCAAGUCUGUAAAGUUAAUGGGAAACAGGAUCAAUGCCGCAAAGUUAGACUUCUCUGAGAUAUUAGCUGAUGAAGUGGAAGCUGAAUUAAAGGAGGCUGCUGUUAUAUCUAUGGGAACUGAAGUCAGUGACCUUGAUUUGCUGCACAUUAGGGAACUUUGCGACCAGGUUCUGUCUCUUGCUGAGUACAGAGCUCAGCUUUAUGACUACUUGAAGAGCAGAAUGAACACAAUCGCACCGAACCUAACUGCCCUUGUUGGGGAGCUUGUUGGUGCUCGUCUUAUCUCUCAUGGUGGUAGUUUAUUAAACCUUGCAAAGCAACCUGGGAGCACUAUUCAGAUUCUUGGAGCUGAGAAAGCCUUAUUUAGAGCCUUGAAGACCAAACACGCCACACCAAAGUACGGUUUAAUCUACCAUGCGUCUGUAGUUGGCCAAGCUGCACCGAAGCACAAGGGUAAAAUCUCACGGUCACUAGCUGCUAAAGCUGCUCUCUCUAUUCGUUGUGAUGCUCUUGGUGAUGGGGAAGACAACACUAUGGGAGUGGAGAAUCGUUUAAAGCUUGAAACACGGUUGAGAAGUCUAGAAGGGAAAGAUCUAGGACGCUUGUCUGGCUCAUCUAAAGGCAAGCCAAAGAUUGAAGUUUAUAACAAGGAUAAGAAGAUCGGAUCUGGAGGUCUGGUCACUGCUGCUAAGACUUACAACACUGCUGCAGACUCUAUUCUUGUACAAACUCCUGACUCAGCUGAGAAUGGUGUCAAAGAGAAGAAAGAUAAAAAGAAGAAGAAGAAGGCUGAUGCAGAGGAAGAAGAAGAAGAAGAAGCCAAAACUGAGGAAUCUUCAAAGAAGAAGAAGAAGAAGAGUAAAACAGAAGUAGAACCUGAAGCUGAAGAAUCUGCAAAGAAGGAGAAAAAGAAGAAGAGAAAGCACGAGGAAGAAGAAACUGAAAUGCCUGCCAAGAAGAAAGAAAAGAAGGAGAAAAAGAAAAAGAAGAGUGAGGUCUGAAGAGAGGGUUUAAAGUUUUUGAAUUGCUUAGUUUAUUAUCUUUAAUGUUUUGUUAUGCUUCUGAUUUAGUUGUCACUUUUAGUUAUCCGAAACUUUAUGAACUAUGUUCAUCGUUUUGUAAGUUUGUGUCUGUUCUAGUGACUUUCCAAGAACCUUGCAUUAUAAGUUAACGGAUUUAACCAAAUAAAAUAACCAGGGUUAAC